AUGGACGAGCCACGACGGUCAAUGGACACCGAGGCCUUCCCGGCUGCUGUACGGGCUUCUUCACCCUCGCCUUCAGUCCCAGCUACACCUGCCAUCUCAUCGUAUUCCUCCCCAGACCGCACAUUCUCCUCCGAGUCUUCCCGCUCCACCUCCUCCGCUACCUCCGCAGAUGCCAGAUCGUCCGUGUCGACCUCGUCCCGCCGCCAUGGGUACAUCCGUGCAUUGGGAGCCGAGUUCGCGGACUCGGCCCGCCACCGCGACAGCGUUAUGAGCCUCGGCAGCAUCGCCCACCUACAAUAUUAUUUCGCUCGGACAGGUCUAUUGGAUGGGAAGGGUGGUCGGGGCCGUGAGUGGGAUAAGGAUAAGAAGAAAGGCAAGGAUAGUGUGCCGCGGGUGUUGAUCACCCCCAAUGAACGACACAUGGAUGAUUUGGUAUCCAGCCCUACGGAUAUGGCAGACCCCGCCGAGGGUGAAUUGGAGGAUGAAGAUGAGGACGCUGAGGUGAUGCUGCCGCCUACCGUUAGCACCUACAGCAUCAAAACACAUCAUAUUCCCCCUCCGCCGGAUUUGAUUUCUUUGCGCCGGCAAUUGAUGCUUGCAUUGGAUAAGGCGGAGACUAAUAUUGAGGCCAUCGAGAAUGGCGCUGAGCCUCCUCCCCGUGAGCCAAUCCGGAACAGUCUUUCUCCAGGGGAUGUCCCCGAAAACCAUAUGGAGGAAUCUGGAGAGGUUCCUACUCCGAAGAACAAAGAGGAGGCACAGGGCAUGUGCAUCCUGGAUGAUGUGACGAAUGCUAUUCGAGCCGCGAAGAUCUACUACACUGCCCAUGAACACCCAGAACGUCUAGCUUCAAUAAAAAGCGAGCGCGAGAUACGCAAGGAACUCUUCGAUGUGUUGGAAGUUCUGAAACGCUGGGCUGCCCGGCAUUUCGCCAGUGGUCUCCGCGGGGAAGAGCGCGAGCGGAUUCAGGAGUGGAUCUCCGGUGUGCGCACCAUGCUCGUACGUGAGAAAGCCCUGGAAGACCUCGAGGCUCAAGAACGGCAAAAUUGGGAUUGGGCAGCUGGCGACUGGAGAGGCCGAGAGCGUCCCCGGGAGGAGUCUUUCCUGCGCAGUCUGAUGCCCGGCGGAGACUCCUUGCCUACCUGGACACCCGUUGAAGAGACGCCCAGUGAAUCCCUGCCGACCCCAUUUCUGGACCAAUUCCGCGAUGGGCGUGCACUGGUUCAGUUACACAACCUCGCGAUAAAGAAGUCGAAACGCCAGUUCGGCGAAAUCAAGGCAUACCACCAGGACAUUGCCAAGCCAUACCGGCAGGCUGACAAUCUCCGGUUCUGGGUGAAAGCUGCAGAGCUCCGGUGGGAGCUGCGUCUGGAUGUUGAUGUGAUGGGGGUUGUACAGAACAGUGGUGCCGAGGCCUGGAAGCAAUUUGACACUGCACUGCUGGCCUGGUGUAAGACUGUUCGCGAGGAGUUGGUGCGAGAUUGGCAGGCGGCCAACCCAGGACGACCCCCGAGUGCUGGGUUGAUUUGA